GACAUUGGAUACGCCCUAAACCUACUAUGCUCCCUACGUAGACAGCAUUUCUAGCCGUCGUUGAAACAUUGUAACGUAACUGCGCUGUCUAUAUAGGUAUCACAUUAGGGAUUUAGAUACAGCCACGGCUUCUCUUUUACCGGGUGUUGUGGCGGGUGUGUUGUUUUCACCGACAGUAACCGGCUGCGGCCGGUUUAGACCGUGUUCAUUUAGCUGCUGUGAGUUUUAUUAAAUGUGUUGACACCAGUUCAACGGAAUAAACUCGUCACAUCGCGUGUAACUGCAAGAAUCUGACACAAAUUCGGUUUACAAUUUCUAGUAGGUCGAUCUGGUGUCGGUAAGGCUAAUUUCCUGAUAUGUAGUACAUUUAAAACCUUUAACCUCUUUCAACUAUAGGCUACUUAUUGUGGAAUGGAUAAUAAAAUAAUAAGGAUAUUUUAAAAAACACAAUCCGAUCUGAAGGUUUUCUCUUCAUUCUCUCCUCUGUCUGCCUGUGUGUCAGCCAUGGACUGUAUAAGAGUGACUUUGAUAGUGAGAGAGACUACAGCCCUGGGUGAGGUGAUUGCAGUGGUUGGCAGUUGUGAGACCCUGGGCAGCUGGUGUCAUCAGAAGGCUGUGGCCUUACAGCGAGCAGAUGAAGAUGGCACUCUUUGGAGAACGACCAUUUUGGUUCCUAGAGGAGUUGAAAUCCAAUAUCGCUAUUUCAAAGGAUUAUUUUUGGAAUCUAAGAGUGCAGAUGGGCUAUAUGAAGUGAUAGUCAAUAGAUGGGAGACCCAUCAGCUGCCUCGCUCAUUGAAGCCCUCAGAAUCAGACCUUGUGAUAAACGAUGGACGCUUUGGAUUCCAUAAUGGCGUUGAGUGUGUGGACUCGGGCUGGUUGACAAGCCAGACAGAAAUUCGUCUCAGGCUCCAUUACUCCGUGAAACCUCCAGUAUCUAUUACUAAGAAAAAAUUUAAGAAGUCUCGCUUUAGGUUGAAGCUGAUGUUGGAGGGUAUUGAGGAAGAAGAGGAAGAGAGCCCUACAUCAGGGCAUAAGAUGACCACCACACUGGAGAUCAGUAUGAUCGAUGAUGAUGGAUAUAAGUCUCGUCAUUCCCAGCCGGAGUGUGGCUAUGCCCUGGAGCCCUUACGGUGGACAGAGUACAGCAUUCACACAAUGGACCCCGACAAUUUGGAGCUCAUUUUUGAGUUCUUUGAGGAGGACUUAAGUGAGGCCAUAGUUCAAGGAGAUGCCCAUCACGGGUAUGUGGGCACCGCAUGCCUCCUGUCCUCUACUUUUGUGGAGAGUGGAAAGGACUUGGGUGUUGUCACCCUGCCCAUCAUGAGUCGGAACUCCAGACAGACCAUCGGAAAAGUCAGAGUGGAUUAUCUGGUGAUACGCCCCAUCCAGGGCAUGCAGUGUGACAUGAGCCAGUCUUUCUCUAAAUACUGGAAGAAAAGGAGUGCUCUAGAUGUUGGACACAGAGGAGCAGGAAGCUCGCAUGCUGCCAAGCAUCACAAGGUCAGGGAAAACACCAUUGCCUCAUUUCUAAGUGCUGCCAGCCAUGGAGCUGCAUAUGUAGAGUUUGAUGUUCAUCUCUCCAAGGAUUUAGUUCCAAUUGUGUACCAUGAUCUCACCUGCUGCAUUUCUACCAAAAAGAAAAAUGACAAGAAUUCAAUGGUAUUGGUUGAAGUUCCUGUCAAGGAUCUUACCUAUGAUCAACUUCAACUUCUCAAACUGGCCCACACAACUGCCAUGGAUGUUCAUGACCACAAAGACUUGCAGGAGGAAGAGGAGUAUAUAUAUGAACAUCAGCCUUUCCCGUCCCUCUCACAGAUAUUUCAGGCUGUUCCAGAUCAUGUGGGCUUCAACAUUGAGCUGAAGUGGAUCUCUCAGUUCAGGGAUGGUUCCUGGGAUGCAAGCCUCUCCACCUACUUCAACAUGAACCAGUUCCUGGACAUUAUCCUCACAUGUGUGCUCCAGAACGCUGGCAAGAGAAGGAUAGUCCUCUCCUGUUUUGAUCCUGAUGUUUGCACAAUGGUCCGGCAAAAGCAGAACAAAUACCCCAUCCUGUUUCUGACUCAGGGCAUCACGGAGAUCUAUCCUGAACUAAUGGACAUCCGCUGUCAGAACACCAAGAUCGCCAUGAGCUUCGCUAUGAGUGAGAACAUUCUGGGAAUCAGUGCACAUGCAGAUGAGCUCUUAAGGAACAUGGAGUGUAUCAGAGAAGCCCAGACUAAAGGGCUGGUGGUCUUCUGCUGGGGAAACGAUAACAACGACCACGAAAACAGGAUGAAGUUAAGAGAACAGGGCAUUGACGGCCUCAUAUAUGACAGAAUCUGUGAAGACCAGAUGGAGCAGUCAGACAUCUUUAAAGUAGAGGAGCAGGUUUCUAUAAAAGAGGUCAUUUCGGAGGAGACACUGCAAACCUGUACCUGUUCCACCUACAGUAUUCCGUGCUCCACCAUUCCCUGUGCUGGAAAAGCCCAAGAAGCCAGCGGGGAGUCAGACUCUGGCCUAAGUUCUUCCUGAGAGCCAUUCGUAAAGUCCACCUUACCUCAAGCUCCCAUGAACUGUUCACAAUGCAACAGAACUAAUGCACAGAAACACUCACUACUUUGAGCCAAACUUCACUUAAAUCCGAUUGCAAAGGCACAAGGUGUGUUUUAGAGUAUAAUUAUGUCGAACAAAUGACAUAAAGGACAAUUACACAAUGCUAGUUUCCACAAAGGUUAUAUUUUUCCUAUUUAGUUAAUUUGCUUUAUAUUUGAGCACUACAGAAUCAUAUAGAACACCUAGAUGCAAUUGGAAACUUUGUCGUCCUCUGAAUUUCUUCCCUUUUAAGUAUUUCUCUGUUUCUUGUUUAUUUUGUCUGCGGAAUGAGUAUUGACCACUUGCGCAAUAAAGUAUUAAGGCUAGGUUAUACUCCGUUUUCAUUGGGCUUUAUAUGCGAAUUGUCAAAAAUUUGCAUCACGCACACUGUGCUCGAGAGACGUACUGUCACAAGAAAAACCGAAGUAUAUUUUGUCCUUUAAAAUCACGAACAACACAAAUGCAGGGCUUGAUAAUACAAUGCAAAUAAUAGUGUACCGUGCUUAAAUACAAAUCUGGUGAAUGUGUUGAUUUUCUUGUAAAGAAACACCUAUUCAGUAGACUAAAUUGAAUAGCUAUUAUUAAAAAUAUGUUAUGGUUAACAGUGGGACCUGUCUCUCUUUAAAAAAAAUGUCUCAAGGCAAAGAUUUUGAGGGAUGUUUUUCUUCUUAACAUGUAACAUCACAAUGCCUAUGCAUGUGUCUGCUGUAUAGAAAUGUUUCUAUAACCAAUGCAUUUACAAAUCAUUUCAUAAAUUUAACUGUUCGUUUCAGCAGAACAAAAUGUAAGCUUUUUUCAUUCAGCACUGCAAUUCACAACGAUUUACUAUAUCUUAAGUGUAUAUUUGAACGAAUGUGCCUCCGUAAUCUGUCUGUAUGGGCUGUGUCGAAGUCAGUGUGGUUGUCUCUUUGCAUGCAUUUACACCGCUUGCUCCCUGCAGGGUAGUGAAAUUAUGCAUGUUUGCUGAUGAACGCCACACUAGACUGAGGGACUUGUAUGAAUCCACAUUCACUGUGGGUUAUACUUCACCAAACCAACUUAGAACAAUGCUCUGAGAGCCACAAUAAAUGUAUUUCAGACAAAUUCAUUCUGUUUCUUUUAUU